UGAUUUUUUUUUUGUCAGAGUACCGGAUCUGGUAGAAUACAGUUAAUGUUAAAAAUAGAACAAUCUUAAGUUGAUUUAACUUUGUUUAAAUUUAAUUUUUUGGGUUGAUUUUGUGUAGAAAUUGAAGGAGUAUCUCUUGGAAAUUUGGUCACUAGAGUAUUUAUAAUUUUGUGGCAUCAAGGAAAAACUUUACAGCAAUGGCUUCCUCUCAGCCAUCUGAAACCAUUAGCAAUUUCUAUGAAACUACCUGCAUGGAUUCGGAGCUGUUCCUGGCUGCAGCCAAUGGCCAAUUGGAUGUCUUCACAGCCCUUGACUUAGUAUAUAUAUUGACCCCAGAAAAGAAUACAGUCCUCCAUGUCAAUAUAAUUACUUCAGAAAGCACUGAUAUAUCCUUCGCUGUGGGGAUAGUGGAGAUGUGUCCACCACUGUUGCAGCAAACCAAUGCAAGAGGAGAGACUCCCUUACUCUUGGCAGCGAGGUACGGCCGUCACUGUAUUGUUGAGUUUCUUAUUAAUCGUGCCAAAACCUUGUUUGAACAAGAUGACCUCGAGAAGGCCAACGCCGCAGUGAAUAAUGAAGUGUUCAAACAAAUUAUGAGGAUUCCUAAUCAAAAUAAGGACACUGCGUUGCACGAGGCUGUACGGUUCAACCAUCUUGAGGUUGUACGUAUAUUGACUAAAGAAGACCCUCAUUUCCCAUAUUCGACUAAUGAAGAUGGGGAGACUCCACUUUACUUAGCCGUCGAGGGAGGCCUAGGGUACCUGGGAUUGGCUGAUGAAAUACUACAAAAUUGCCCCUCGCCGGCCACUAGUGGACCAAAAGGCAGAACUGUACUCCAUGUUGCUGUUACUCUGUGUAAGGAAUAUGAUUGAAUGAGUAAAAUGAUGU